CACGUGACUUCCCGCGAGAUAAAUUUCCUACAUAACAAGCACCGGUUAUUCUUAUGAAACACCAGCAAAGCGUAUUGAGGCUGAGACGCGGGGUUCACGGUAACAUGUCUUUCUACAGGAACGCGAUCUGGUUUGUGAAAGGGCUCCAGGAAUAUACGAGAAGUGGUUUUGAAGCUGCAGCAAAACAUUUCGCUCCAACAGACCUCGACGUGAACCUGAGUGGGAGAUCCUUCGUCAUAACAGGCGCCAACAGCGGGAUAGGAAAAGCCACGGCGCAGGAAGUCGCCAACAGAGGAGGAACCGUGCACCUGGUCUGUCGAAGCAAGGAACGAGCAGAGCAAGCCCGGGAUGAAAUCGUGCAAAGGAGUAAAAACCAGAACGUGCACGUCCACAUUGUCGACAUGUCCAGCGCCAGGCAAGUGUGGGAGUUUGCGCAGAGCUUUGUCCAAAGCAACACCGUGCAUGUGUUGAUCAACAAUGCAGGCUGUAUGGUGAACCAGCGAGAGCUCACUGACGAGGGGCUGGAGAAAAACUUUGCAACAAACACACUUGGUACGUACAUUCUCACCACUGCACUGAUUCCUGCACUGAAGACGGUUGAUGACCCGAGAGUGGUCACCGUGUCGUCGGGCGGCAUGCUCACGCAGAAGCUCAACGCCGACGACCUGCAGUUCGAGAAGGGCUCGUUCGACGGAACCAUGGCCUACGCUCAAAACAAAAGGCAGCAGGUGAUUCUGACGGAGCGAUGGGCCGCGCAACACCGGGAGAUCCACUUCUCCUCCAUGCACCCGGGCUGGGCGGACACGCCAGCCGUCAGGACCUCCAUGCCCGGGUUCCACGCCAAGAUGCAGUCCAGGCUGAGGACGGAGGCCAUGGGGGCCGACACCGCGGUGUGGCUCGCCGUGUCCGCAGCCGCCGCCAAGCAGCCGAGCGGCAGCUUCUUCCAGGAUCGGAAGCCGGCGCCGACGCACCUGCCCCUGGCGUCCUCCAGGGCCACACCGCAGGACGAGGAGAAGCUUGUGGCCGCACUUGAGGAGUUUGCAGUCAAGUUCAAACCUUAAAAACCUUAGUUUGAUUUAUCGAAUGUAUCUUUACUAAUCAUAACAUGUGUCUUGUUUACAUGCUCACUAAUAUUUUCUAAUAUACACUCACUUUGUACGAUGGCAAACAUUACCUUUUGUCCCGUUCAUUGUUAAAUUAAACUAUUAUAAGAAAAAUG